GGCUCACGCGUGUUACAUCUAAUCUGGAUUUGGAGAGUAAACUUCGCAAAACGAACACUUCGUAGCUGUGGUUAUAGCUUUUCAGAGCAUGCUUUGCCUGACUGGAAACUGUUGUGCUGAAAGGAAGAAUUAACUGGUCUUUCAACUUCAGCCUUUUUAUUGUGAGGGAAGAUCACAGAAGUGUUACCAUGGGGAAAACAGCAGCUAAAGAUUCAAAGACUAUUAAAAGAGAGAGACAUGGGAAGAAUCAGCAGGCAGACAACUCGUCUUUAAAAAGUGAACAGUUUAAUUGGGAUGAUUAUCUGAAAGAGACUGAAUCAGUAGCUGCCCCUCUACACUGUUUCAGACAGUCCAGAAUUCCACCUACGAAUGAUUUCAAAGUUGGUAUGAAGCUGGAAGCCCGCGACCCUCGCAACGUCACCUCGGUCUGUAUCGCCACCGUCAUCGGAAUCACCGGUGCCAGGUUACGGCUGCGACUCGAUGGAAGUGACAACAAAAACGAUUUUUGGAGGCUUGUGGAUUCCUUGGAUAUACAGCCCAUCGGUAGCUGUGAAAAGAAAGGGGGGAUGCUCCAGCCUCCGCUUGGAUUCCAGAUGAAUGCAUCUUCUUGGCCAAUGUUUCUCUUAAGAACACUGAAUGGAGCUGAGAUGGCACCUGCAGCUUUCUUUAAGAAGGAGCCACCAAAGCCCGCACCAAAUUCUUUUAAAGUUGGGAUGAAACUUGAAGCUAUAGAUAGAAAGAACCCCUACUUAAUUUGCCCAGCAACCAUUGGAGAUGUUAAAGGAGAUGAAGUUUUUGUUACAUUUGAUGGCUGGAGAGGAGCAUUUGACUACUGGUGCAGAUACGAUUCUCGAGAUAUCUUCCCGGUCGGAUGGUGCAGCUUGACAGGAGAUGCGUUACAGCCACCAGGGAGCAAUGUUUCCAUUACAAAGAGCAGUGCAAAAAUCCAAUCUUCCCCUUCCAAAGUGACCCGACGUUCAAUGCAGUCUCCACAGAAAUCUGCUCCAGUGCCGGCGCAACGGGGCAGGAAGCCAGGUCGGGGCAAACCCCCUGGACAGUCUGCAGUUCCCAAGAAGGGCAGGUCUCCUAAAAAUAAUCCCCUGACAAAAAGCACCUCUCAUACUGAGAAUCUUAAAACAAGGAAAAAAAGUUUAAAACCUGGAAAAAAGAAAAAAAAUCUGCCAGAACAGCAGACUCCUGCGCCAGCAUCACCACCUCUUUCUACUUCUGAUGGGGACAGUAGCACAAAGCAGAUGCUUAAAGAUGGAAUUAGUUUGUCUGGGACAACAGCAGCCGUUAUAUCCACAGUGUGUGUGUAUGUCAACAAGCAUGGGAACUCUGGGCCUCAUCUGGAUAAGAAGAAGGUUCAGCAGCUUCCGGAUCACUUCGGACCAGGUCCUGUCAAUGUGGUACUUCAGCAGGCUGUACAGGCUUGUGUGGAUUGCUCCUAUCAAUCUAAAACAGUCUUUGGAUUUCUGAAAUCGGGCCAUCAUGGAGGGGAAAUGAUAACUGCCUCCUUUGACGGGGAGAAACACGCCAUCCAUCUUCCCGCCGUAAACAGCGCGUCGUUCGUCCUCCGCUUCCUGGAGAAGCUCUGCCACAGCCUGCAGUGUGAUAAUCUCUUCAGCAGCCAGCCUUUCAGCCCCUACAUGGGAUGCGCGCACAGCCCCACGGAAUAUGAUAGGAACAAACCAGCAAAAGAAGAAAUACCUGAAAACAGAGGUGCUAAACGAUAUUCUCAGGACUCUCCACCGUACACUGCCCCUCUUUCCCCUAAGCUUCCCAGAAAUGAUGCUCAUCCAUCUGAAGCAGAGACGUUGCCCGUAGAAGAAAACAGCACUUCCAAAGACCACCGCUUUUCCGAGGACUCCAUGGAUUCCGCCCUGAACUCGGUAAACGCGUCGAGCCCGGCGCGCCGCAGCUCCGCCGAGUACCGCGCGGCGGGCAGCGCCCUCUGCUACCGGAGCUCCCUCCCGCCGGCCGCUGCCACCUCCAGCUCGGCCCCCGGCCUCCGCCGGCUCUCCUUGGGCUCUGCUGGGAACAGCAGCUACUACCAAGUUAGCAGGAGCCGCGUCCAGAGGCGGAUCGAAGCUGCAAGUUCCACAACUGGACCAGAUCUGAAUGCACUAAAAAGGGAACCUUCAAGAAUAUUGAAUAAGGAUCCUUCCACCUGGUCAAUAGAGGAAGUCAUGCGCUUCGUGAAAGAGGCUGAUCCACAGGCACUAGCUCCACAUGCAGAACUCUUUAGGAGACAUGAGAUUGAUGGGAAGGCACUACUGUUACUGAGGAGUGAUAUGAUAAUGAAAUAUAUGGGACUGAAGCUGGGGCCUGCACUGAAGUUGUGCUACCACAUUGAAAGACUUAAGCAAGGAAAGUACUAGCUAAUGGCGAUACACAACGUGUGUUCGUGCCACACUAAUCUCUCAGGUUCACGGCCAUUUUCUUUAUUUGAAAAUAUUUUGCUGCCGUAAACAGUCUUUAGUUUUUCAAAGUUCUCUCAAAUUGCAAUAAAAUGUUCAGCAUAAAGAGCUGAAAAACAGAAAAGUCUGUAGUACCUUCGAUACCUGUUUCAUUCCUCCUGCAAGGAGGAGACAGUUGGAUAUACUGUGUUUGGAUUUAUUUGUUGWUGUUUUUUUGUUGAAAACAGUGAUCUCAGUGCUGCUGUUGUCACCAAACUGUGAAAAGCACAUUCUCUGUUACAGACUUGAGCCUACGUUUUUAUAUUCAGAACCAAAACAGCUGAAUCCCAAAGGAAAAAAAAAUCAUCAGGUGUUAAUAACUUUUUCAAGGAUGGCUGUAAUCUUUUACAUUUCAAGAAAAAAAUAAAAYAGGUGAUCUAAUUUCUUUAGUUAAUAUUUUAUCUGGUCUUCCAGGAGAGUAAUUCUCARCUAGGUUAUUCUUCAUAGGUUUCCAUAUAGGAAAUAGCAAUAUGAAUUGUUCUUGGGUGAGGGAGGUAUGAGCAAGGAAGGGCUGUGUAGGAAAGGGCUUAAUACAAGCA